AUGACUCUGACAGUUGGAAAGGCAGGCCCAGCAUCGGAUUUUCGAAAGUUCAUGGAAAAGAGAUUACAAAUUUAUCUAAAUGGUAACAGACUAAUCGUCGGUGUGCUUAGGGGUUAUGACACGUUUAUGAAUUUAGUGUUAGAUAAUACGGUCGAGAUAAAAAAGGAAGAGCAAAUUGAUAUAGGUGUGGUUGUGAUAAGAGGGAACAGCAUAUCGUACUGGGAGUGUUUAGACAAAGUUGACAUUAAAUGA